AUGGCGAUGAUGACUGGCCGUGUGCUGCUGGUGUGUGCCCUCUGCGUGCUGUGGUGCGGUGCGGUUUUUGGGCACGCGAUGGAGGAUUACUGCGGUGAGGGUGGAGGGAACGGUUUGAGGCACACGAGUAAUGGUGGAGAUGACGGCGUGUCUCUAAAAGCGGACUGCGUGCUGUUAUCCACUCGAAUGGCAUUAAUAAAGGCGGUUGAGGCUGCGGAUGGACAAGGAUUGAGUGGAGAUCCACUGGAAACAUCUCAGGAUUCAUCACCUGGUAAGAAAUUGGACGAUAAGACUUCGGGCGGUGGAACGCCUGGUUUAGGAGGCGGUGUUGCAGGUCCAGCAAUAGCAGCAGCGGCAGCACUGGAGCCCGGAGAAUCAGGUAGAGGUGAACCGAAAAGGGAAUUGGAAGUAGCGGAUACAGCUGGUGAAGAACAUGCCAACGAUAGAAUGAAAGGAAGUGAACGUAAUCCCGAAAAUCUAAAAAAUGGUCAAUCUUCCUCUUUUUCGUCUGGCAGCCCUGUUACUCUGGGUGGUGAAGGACUCGCCUCGGAAAAAAAUUCCAAGGCUGCUGAACCCUCCGAGGAUGGGCUGAAAGUAACAAAACUAUCACAACAAAAAGCAGAAGGAGACAAAGAAAACAAAAAUGAUACGAUACUCAUAGGGGUACGUGAAAAUCCAGAAAAAAACACAGAAAUACAAACGGCACCACCACCGCCUGCAAAUAAUGGAAAGUCCGGUCCUGAAGAUACCGUGCGCAUGCAACAGCUACAACAAGUUCUAGAUGGCAUUGAGUCAAACUACAACUCACAAACGAAGAGCGUUGCCUCCAUCGCAGCCAAUCAACACAAUGAACCGUCCGCCGACAAUGCAGAAUCCACGCCACCAUCAGCCACGGCAAACGGUGAUGCCGCCAAUAAUGAAGCUGACAAUAGCACUGAAGAGGGCAUCCCGAAGAAUGAUCCAGCGGCUGAUGGUGCAGGGACAGCAGAGGGAAAACAAAAUGAAAAUAAAGAUGCCAAUCCGAAAGAAACACCAGUGACGGCCGCAGCCAUGAAAACUACAACGGCGACGACUGGCGACAGCGACAGCAGCACCGCGGUCUCGCACACCAUCUCUCCUCUUUUGCUUCUUCUUCUUGUUGUUGCGUGUGCGGCUGCUGCUGCGAUGGUGGCCGCGUGA